AUAAAGAGCGUGGGUCUUCAUAACGGCUUCUUUUGCUUUAGUAAAUGGGCGACUUCUGAAAUCAACGGGGUUGAGGGGAUGGUUUCGAACAUGGGCGACUGGAAGUCAAAAUGGUUUUAUGUUUUUAAGGUUCCUGGGAUCAGAACCGACUUUAAUCGCAGACCCAGUAUGUCGCAUAUUUGUUGACUUAGAUAAAGUCUGUUACUCUGUUUUUCGAGAUCUUUUGCUAACUCGUUCUUUUGUUGUCAUCGCAAAUAGACCAGCUCGACCAACGCUUAGCGCGAAUAAGAAGGGGGUAGCUGAAAUUCUUGGGAGUCUUCCGGUACAAGAUCGCGACUGGCGAUUGCUGUGUACGACUGCCAAAUUGCGAGAACACAAACUGAUCCCCGAGAACGCGAGUCUUCAACGGGAGCCAGUAUAUAAAGAACCAUCUGAGAGACAGCAGGAGCGGAUAGAUAAACGGCUUUCCAAGCAAACUCCUCGAGAAACUUCAGACAUGACUUUCUUGAAGUCUGCCCCUGUCCUGAAGAUCAAGCAAAAGGGUGGAACACCGGCAUCUUCACCAGUCGUCGCCCAGAAGAGGAAGAGCGAUGUGAUGACUUCGCUCGCUGCAGAUUCCUCCAAGAAGUUGGCCAAGACCACUCAGGAUAAGGGGAAGAAGGUUGUCAUUGAUUCUCCGGUUCGCCCUCGCGACUUCCUGGCCAUGCAGGAAAAAUUACUGGCCGAGAUUCCUUAUGAGGAACUUGCUUCUCGAUCUACUGAACUGGCCGUACAAUCGGUGGCUUUGUUCAUGAAAGCCGCGGCCACGCCUUCGAAGGAAACUGAUUCGCUGAAGAGGCAGAACGCCCAUUUUCAGGAAAACAUAAAGAGGCUGAAGCAGGAGGUGGCCAAGAUGGAGGAACUUCACAAGGAGCUCGAGGAAGUCAACAGGGCCAAAGAACAGUUGGAGCUCGAGCUCAAGAAGUCGCAGGACACGAUCGCUGAGAUGGCUCGCGACUUGGAGGCUGAGAAAGAGAGUGGGAAAAAACAGUAUGAUCAGGCUGUGUCUGAUUACAUUUAUACUACUCUCUCCAAGGUCCCUGACUUCGACUUCUCGCUGCUUGGAGAUGAAGCUGCUGAAAUGGCUGAAGCCUUUCGCUCGAUGUCUCCUACCCGGACUCAAGGCAACCUUCCAGAUGAAAUCGAGGGAGUGCAGGCUGAGGAGGUCGAGAAUGAAGUCGUGAGCAAGAUCGUGGAUGAGGCUGCUCCUGAUGAGACUACUCCCGCUGCUUGAUUAUUUUCUAUCUUAGUUUCACUCUUUUUUUUUUUUUAUAUAUGCGGUACACGGGUACUCGCACUUUUGUACUUAAAGAAUUUUAUCUUACUUUUUGGACAAAUUUCUAUCCUCGCGGGGAUAGUAUGCAUUUUAAUAUUUACGCAGUACAUGGGUACUUGCGAUUUUAUUUUCAA